ACAGACGUGUGUGACAGCGCGCUGGUGUCCAACCUGCCGCCGUCCUCCUUCAGAAGCUCCUCCCACCUGUCCAGCAGCCACGCACCCGGCUUCGCCAAACUCAACAGGAGAGAAGGAGCUGGAGGUUGGUCUCCUCUCACCUCAGACAGGUACCAGUGGCUGGAGGUCGACCUGGGGGAGCGAACCAGGAUCACCGCCGUCGCCACCCAGGGCCGAUACGGCAGCUCUGAUUGGCUGACGUCCUACCUGCUGAUGUUCAGCGACACGGGACACAACUGGAAGCAGUACCGACAGGAGGACAGCAUCGGGUCUUUUCCAGGGAACAGUAACGCCGACAGUGUGGUUCAGUACAAGCUGCAGCAGCCGGCCAUCGCUCGCUUCCUGCGCCUCAUCCCUCUGAGCUGGAAUCCCAACGGACGCAUCGGGCUGCGGCUGGAGACCCAAGGGUGUCCUUACACCUCUGAUGUGGUGGCGUUGGACGGCGGCAGCGGCCUCGUGUUCAGGUGGAGUCCCGGAGCGAGGCGCUCAUCCAAGGAGGUCGUCUCUCUGAAGUUCAAGACCCUGAGGAAUUCUGGGACAUUGCUGCAGGCGGCGGGAGAAGGAGGACUCGGACUCAGUCUGGAGUUAGAGAGAGGGAAACUGCAGCUGCUGCUCAGACCAGGUGGGACUUCCUCUCCCUCUCCCCGGCCUCUUGCCUCCCUCGGCAGCCUGUUGGACGACCAGCACUGGCAUCAUGUGGCAGUGGAAAGGCAAAGUGCUCACCUCAACCUCACUGUGGACAAACACAGCGAGAGGGUUCACAUCCCUGCAGAGUUCAGCCACUGGAACAUGGAACAGCUGAGCGUCGGAGCGGCGCUGAGCCUCGACUCUCAGAAACCUCUCGUCCCCAAGAGGAACUUCCAGGGCUGCCUGGAGAACCUGCUCUACAACAGCAUGAACCUGAUAGAACGAGCGAAACACAACGACCAGCAGGUGACUCUCAUGGGCAAUGUGACCUUUUCUUGUGCUGAGCCAGUUUCCGUCGCCGUGACGUUUCCCGGACCCCAGAGCUUCCUUCAGUUGCCGAGGGCGAUGGCGUCCUCUUCGGGGGGCGUGUCCGUGGGGUUCCAGUUCAGGACGUGGAACAAGGCGGGGCUUCUGCUCACCUUUGACCUCCCUGACGAAGGGGGAGUGGCCUGGCUGCACCUGAGUGAGGCCAGACUGUGGCUGCAGAUCCAGAAGGCUGGCAGGGCGCCGCUGGAGCUCAGGGCAGGUUCGGCUCUGAACGACGGCCAGUGGCACUCAGUGGAUUUCACCUCCGAUCGAGGACGUCUGAGCGUGUCUGUGGAUGAAGGAGGAGGAGGAGUCGCUCACGCCAGCCCCUCGUUUCCUGUCAGCGUUCGACAUCAACUCUUCUUUGGUGGUUGUCCCGCUGACCAAGACAAUAACCAGGAGUGUACAAACCCCUUCGACAUUUUCCAGGGCUGCAUGCGCCUCCUCUCUGUGGACCACCAGCCAGUGGACCUGAUCCUGGUGCAGCAAAGACUUCUGGGAAACUACAGCCACUUGCAGAUCGACAUGUGUGGAAUCAUCGACAGGUGUUCUCCCAGUCGCUGUGAACAUGGCGGCCGCUGCACUCAGUCCUGGACGAUCUUCCACUGCAACUGCUCGGACAGCGGCUACAAUGGAGCGACCUGCCACAGCUCCGUGUACGAGCAGUCGUGUGAAGCGUACAAACACAACGGAAACACGUCGGGACAUUUCUACAUCGACGUGGACGGCAGCGGACCAAUCAGACCACAGCUGGUCUACUGCAACAUGACAGAGGAGGACACGUGGAUGGUGAUCCAACACAACAACUCGGAGCUGACCAGAGUCCGACCCUCUCCAGACGUGAACCAGAUCUUAGUUCACUUCGACUACUCCACACUCGAGGAGCAGCUGUCGGCCGUCCUCAGCCAAUCACAGCACUGCGAACAGGAGCUGGCCUACCGCUGCAGGAAGUCCCGCCUCCUGAACACCCCAGAGGGCUCUCCGUUCAGCUGGUGGCUCGGUGGUCCCGGCUCCGGGCGCCUCCAGGCGUACUGGGGGGGGGCACAGCCUGGCAGCCAGCAGUGCGCCUGCGGCCUGCAGGGCGACUGCGUGGACCCUCAACACUACUGCAACUGUGACGCCGACCGCCUGGACUGGACUGAGGACUCGGGCCUGAUCACCCACAAGGAGAGCCUCCCCAUCAGGUCUCUGGUGCUGGGUGACGUCCAGCGGCCGGGGUCCGAGGCAGACUACAGGGUGGGACCUCUCCGUUGUCAUGGAGACAAGAAUUUCUGGAACGCGGCGUUUUUCGACAAGGAGACGUCGUACCUCCACUUCCCGACCUUCCACGGCGAGCUGAGCGCCGACAUCUCCUUCCUGUUUAAAACCACGGCCUCCUCGGGCGUGUUCCUGGAGAACCUGGGCAUCCGAGACUUCAUCCGCAUCGAGCUGAGGUCCUCCACUCAGGUGGUUUUCUCCUUCGACGUGGGCAACGGGCCGCUGGAGGUUCACGUGCAGUCCGACGUGCCGCUGAACGACAGCCGGUGGCAUCGGGUCCGAGCCGAGAGGAACGUGAAGGAGGCGACGCUGCGGCUGGACCAGUUCCCCCCCGCCACGCAGGAGGCGCCGGCCGACGGACACUUCCACCUGCAGCUCAACAGCCAGCUGUUCAUAGGAGGAACCGCCUCCCGGCAGAAGGGCUUCCGGGGCUGCAUCCGCUCGCUGCAGCUGAACGGCGUGACCCUUGACCUGGAGGAGCGGGCGAGGAUCACGCCCGGGGUUCGACCCGGCUGCCCGGGUCACUGCAGCAGCUACGGCUCGCUCUGCCAGAACCGGGGCCGCUGCGUGGAGAGAGCCGCCGGCUUCCACUGCGACUGCGGCCUGUCGGCGUUCACCGGAGUCUUCUGCCACUCAGAGGUGUCGGCCUCCUUCCAGUCCUCCACCUCCGUCAGCUACACCUUCAAGGAGCCGUACGAGCUGAUGAGGAACAGCAGCGCCCCCCCGUCCUCCAUCUACUCCGACGUGACGCUGAGAGGAGAGAACGUCUCGCUGAGCUUCAGGACCAAUCAGAGUCCGGCUCUGCUGCUCUACGUGUCCUCGUACUACAGAGAGCACCUGGCCCUGCUCAUCAACAAGCACGAUGAGCUGGAGGUGAGGUACAAGCUGGACAGCAGCAGAGAAGCAGACGUUCUGAGGAGCAGAGUGAAGAGUUUGGCCAACGGACAAUUACACACAGUUACUGUCAGGAGACUGAGCGACUCUGUGUCCGUGCAGAUUAACCAGAACGCCAGAGAGGACUUCAACCUGACGUCUGACGGAGAAUUCAACGCCAUCAAGUCUCUGGUGUUGGGCCGAGUUCAAGACUCUGAUCUGGACCCGGACGUGUCCACGUUGGCGUCUCUGGGUUUCUCCGGCUGUCUCUCAGUGCUCAGCUUCAACUCCAUCAGUCCUCUGAAAGCCGCUCUGCUCCACCCGGACACCAGCCCGGUCUCCAUCAGUGGACCUCUGCUCCGGUCCAGCUGCGGCUCCUCGGCUUCGGCCAAUCCCUACGCAGCGGAGAACAAACACCACCUGUCAGACCAGUCUGGCUCAGUGGGUUCAGGUCAACCUCUGGUCAAUGCCAUCAGGACGGACUCGGCUCUGAUCGGAGGUGUGAUAGCGGUGGUGAUCUUCGUGGUCGUGGCCGUCCUGGCGGUAACGGGCCGAUUCCUCUACCGCAGGAAAGAGACGUAUCGGAACCAGGAGGUGAAGGGAGUCAAACGGGAGGACAGCCCCGAUUUCCCCUUCACCAGCCAGAGCGACUCCCAGAACGUCUGCGGUGAAAACCGAAAGGAGUAUUUCAUUUAG